GGAACACAGCAAUUUCAAGAAAUACCAUCUCAGCCCUGCAAUAGCUCUUUAUUUCCCAACAAAGCAAGUGUGACAGAGGCAGUGAAAUGGACAACCGUGGUUAGGCAAGGAAAAAUAUUAGCCUUCAGGUUUAUCCAUCGCUAUCUUUGGAACUUGGAGCUGUCGUUUUUGAUGCAGCUUCAACUGAGUCUCAGCAGCUCGGACCUUUCAUUGACAUCAGCACCGAAGCAGCUCCGGAGGUGCAGCAGGCUCCGGGAAAGCUUCAUCCCUUCGUGCUGUAGGGACAUGGCUGUUUUGGGGGCUUUUAACUACCGUGCGACAAGAAAACGAUGAAUUCCUUGAUUCCUCGCACCGUUCCAUGCCGGCAGGGAGCUGUCACUACGCGGCCGCUCCUUUGUGUCGCUGCUUCCCCGGGUACCGCCGGAGGAGGAGGAGGAGGAAGAGGAGGAGGAGGAGAAGGAGGGGUUGAUGGCAGCGAGGUCCUGUGGCGACAGCCGAGCCGCAGGCACGGUUCCUGUGUCGCUCGGGGUCUGGCGGCGCUGCCCGUGGCUCUCCCCUUGGUUUGGCCACUCCGUCCGCGUUUUCGGAAGGACAGCAGAGGGUCCGGGCGGAGAAAGCCACAGGAUUUCACAAAUAAAUUCUGCAUCAAACCUACGACUUCUGUGAGGUCUCCACUUGACCUUAUGGACAGCUCCAUCCAUGGCAGGGCUUCAAGCAUGUUUGAGGCACUGCCUGGUAGCUCACAGGCUUGAGUUCUGAAAGGAUGGGAACCUGCUGCCCAGUGUCAUGAGGACCAAUCACUGCAGCCACCUGCCUGGAGUCUCUCCGGAGUGCCCACGCCCUCCGGCCCCCGAUGGCAAGAGCCUGCCCAGCAGCAGCAGGGGCCUGGCCACCAGCUGUCCCCAGUAUGUCAUGCAGGUGUCCUCCAAGGAUGGGCAGCUGCUGUCAUCCGUUGUGCGGACCCUCGCCGUGCAGAGCAGCCCCUUCAAUGACCGGCCCAUCUGCAGGAUCUGCCAUGAGGGCAGCAGCCAGGAGGAGCUGCUGUCCCCCUGCGAGUGCACAGGGACGCUGGGCACCAUUCACCGCAGCUGCCUGGAGCACUGGCUGUCGUCCUCCAACACCAGCUACUGUGAGCUCUGCCACUUCAGGUUUGCAGUGGAGCGCAAACCCAGGCCACUGGUGGAGUGGCUGAGGAACCCAGGCCCCCAGCACGAGAAGAGGACUCUCUUUGGGGACAUGGUGUGCUUCUUGUUCAUCACCCCGCUGGCGACCGUCUCUGGCUGGCUGUGCCUGCGAGGAGCCGUGGACCACCUGCACUUUAGCAGUAGGCUGGAAGCUGUUGGCCUCAUUGCACUCACUGUGGCACUCUUCACCAUUUACCUCUUUUGGACCCUGGUGUCCUUCAGGUACCACUGCCGGCUGUACCACGAGUGGCGUCGGAACAAUCAGCGGGUGAUGCUCCUCAUCCCAAAAUCUGCCAACGUCCUCUCCACCCAGCAGUCCCUGCUGGGCCUGCAGCCCCUCAAAAGGAGCUCCAAGGAGACAAUUGUGUGAUUUGGGGUGGGUGGAGCUGUACACUAAAGAUGUUUUUUCUCAGACUCAUUGGGGUCGGGCAGCGUCCAACACUUGGAAAUGUGCAAUUUGAAUUUACAGACUGACUGCAGAGGGAUAAAUCAGGGUCAGAAUUCAAGUCAUGGAUGCUGCAACCAUUUGUGGCAUUUGCUAAGCUGCCAAAUGUGUUUAGUUAGCAUGGACCCUAUGGAUUCUGCAUAUAUGUUAAUUAUUGCAUCAUCAAGAGAUGCAAACUUUUUUUAUUGUUUAAAGUAUUAAACUAUGGUAAUUAACGAUGCAAAACAGGUUUAAAAAGUGCUUUGCUUUUAUGAUUUCAUGUUCCCACAGUACUGUUUCUUUAGGUAGCUGGACAGUAACCAAUUUCUUUCUGCUUCCUAAAACAGAGCAAUGGCAUUUCCUCAUUUGAUUUUAUCUGCAGGUCCAUUAUACCAAUGUUUUGAUUAUUAAAAUUUGUGUGAUGAGCUACAAAUCAGCACAGUUUUUAAAUGCUACAAAGUGAUUAGAAAAUUGUAUUACCCAUUUCCUAUUUGGCAGGUAAGGUCUGCCAGGAAGAUUCUUGUUAUGAAUCUAGUAUGCACAAGAGAAAAAUUAGACAAAUUGCAAUAAUCUUCCUAUCAAAAGUAUUACAGUACAUAGCACUCAGGAAAAAAAAAAAAAAAAAAAAAAAAAAAAAAAAAAAAAAAAAAAAAAAAAAAGUGCACAUUCUGCUGGUGUGAAUUCAAACUUAGCCAAUUUAUCCUGCAUUUACACCAGUCUCAAUUUAACUCUACAGCUUACUUUUGUAUAGGGAAAGCUCAGCAUACAUAACGAAUGAGAUCAUCAGAUUAGUUUUAGGAAGCAGGGACUCAUCUUGCAUGGAGAACAGCAUUAUUUUAAAGCAGCAGAAACUCCAGCUUGACAGGUUGGAUUUGGCAGUGUGCAAACCCUGACCUCUCAUGGUAGCACUGAGACAACAAAAAUUGAAAAAUAUUUAUUACACAGCCUUCUAUGGUGACUAAAUUGAAUUUGAAGUGUAAAGAUCAGACCUUAUUCCUGGGUGACUUUAUCUGCUUCCCCUUGGUUUUAUGUCCAAUUCAUUCAGCCAUUCUUCACUCUCAGAAGAGACGUAUUUAUGUAGACAGACUUAUUUUAAAUAACUACACAAAAUCUUAUUACCAAAUGCUGCUAGAAUUAGAAAUCAAUACAGAGCCCAUCUGAACAGAUAAAUUUCUUAGAAUUGUGCAUGAAUGGCAAUACCACCAUGUGCUCUGUUUUCCAAAUGCUGCAGCAACUGCAAAUCAAAAGGAAAACAUAGCAGGAAGGCUAAUAACUUGUUAUUCAUGAACUUCAGGGUAUUAUGGGUAUUUACCAUCAGACAAGAAGUUACUUGAUGUUUUGUGUGUGCUCUGUGGGGACAAAAAGCUUAGUACACUAAGCCAAAUCUGUUAAAUUUCUUUAUUCUCUCCUGAGCAUGUUAUUUAACAAUGUUCUUUGUCAGUCAUGGGGAUAGGAGAAUCAUGGGGAUAUAAAGCAAUAACAGCCUCAUUCAAACAGAAAGGUACGUGUAAGUAAGGUGUGUAGGAAAACCAUGAACCUGCAGAUCUGUACUCAUCAGUCUGACAAGGCUGGGGUUGCUCAUGUUUGGCUGUGAAUAACUGUUUCUCUUCCAGAGAAACCUAUAUAAGGGUCUGAAGAUAAGGAUACCACAAUCUCUGUGAUAGCCUAAAACCUGUAGUGUUUUAUUUAUCUAUUUUUUAAAUACCUCUUUGCAAAAGCAAGUAACUAUUUAGAAUGAAGACUGAAUGUGCACGUAAGCAGAAUUUCAGAUUAAAAAAAAAAAAUCUGCUGGCCAGGGGCAAAGAAAUAAAGCAAAUUUAGCUGGGUCAGGAUGCUGUCAGCAUUUUAAUGCCUAAACAUAUACUUUAGGUAAGUUUUUUUCUGAAGUUUAUUACUGCUCUUGACUUCUUUGAAAGAAUUGUUAUUCUUAUUGAGUUCUAUUGCUGGCUGUGCUUCAUGCAAAACAAAAAUCAGGGUGAUACAGAAUUAAGUGACAAAACAUUCAGGGAAAUAUUUAUUCAAGUGAAGCUGCAACGUCUGCGCACAGAUCAGCACAGUGGCUUGGCCCGGCUCAUCUGUGGCUUUUGUGUUGUUGUUGUUUUUAGUGUAAAUACAUCUUUAUUUACCCAAAGAAGGCAUACUUAAGCAGAGAGGAAAAGUAUGGUCCAGUUCAGCACAUACAUGACUAACCCAGUUUCUGUGCUUGAUGCAGAAGCACAGAACUGUCUGGUGAAGUCACUAGCAGUAGUGUCCCGUGGACUUUUUUGAGGAAAAAAGUGUCAGGGAAGAUCCAGUCAGACACUUACCAUUGCAUUAAACCCAUGAAAAAGAGGCAUACUUGUAUUUUUCCUUGUUUUUCCUAAAACACAAGAAACUGGGAGGUGAUAGAUAUAACUCUUAAUCCCAGUUCUGCUCUAAACAUUUACAGACAGGAGGAUCUGCCAGAUGGGAGUUGAUUUUUCUUCCACAAAUUGAUGCUGUAGAUGCCACACCAAGCCCAAAUUUCCAUAAAAAACUCGAUGAUUACAGCAAAUAUUCUACAACAGCAGCAACACCCAUUUCUGUCUGAAUAGAAGUGAAAAGACAAACUUAACCACAGCAGAAGGCACAGCCAGCAAAGCUCCUGGCAGCACAGUGACACCUUUGUUAUGCUCUCCUUAAA